AUGGACGCCACAACAGAAUCUUCAGCCAUCAUGGACAUCACGGCAGAGUUUCUGGCCGUCUUAAACAUUGCACCUAAAGCUACCAUGGAGGUCCCUUGGAUUUUGAGACUGGUUUCCAGUUUGGCGGACGCAUCUCUGAUGUCGGUGCAAACAGCUGGCAUAUUUGUGGUGGUAUCAAUUUCUCCCGAGGUGGCGACACCAUAUCUGGUUUUGCCCGAGGCGGUAACAUCUGCUUAUGAUCUCUCUGCCUCAUCACCCAUCUGUGAACUGCCUGCCUGUCCUGUUACGACUACAGUGAUUACCUGUGAACUCCCUGUCUGCCUAGGAAUGACCACAGAGGUCGUCCCUGAACUCCCUGUCUGCCAAGAUAUGACUACAGUGGUCAUCCCUAAGCUCUCUGUCUGUCCUUUCAUGACCACGGAGUGCGAAGUGCCGAUCAUGUCUUAUAAUGGGUCAGCUAAUGCUGGAUGUGUGGUGUCGACUGAUGUGUGUAAUGGGAGCUGUACCAAAAGGGAAGUGUCUGUGACCUCGACUGCCAUCUCAAUGACAGUGGGCAUCGUUUCCAACACUCUGGCUCUCUUUAUCUUGAUCAAAGCCUACCACAGGUUCAGAUUUAAAUCUAAAGCAGCCUUCCUCCUGCUUGCUAGUGGUCUGGUGCUGACUGACUUCUUGGGACACCUGAUCAACGGCUCUCUGGCUCUCUAUGUUUACGCCUCACAGAAGGCAUGGGAAACAUUCGACCCUCACAAGUCUCUGUGUGACUUUUUUGGAGUUUGUAUGGCUUUCUUCGGUUUGACUCCUCUGCUGCUCGGGAGCUUGAUGGCAGUGGAGCGCUGUAUCGGAGUGACCCGUCCUCUCUUCCACACCACUACGCUGGGGUCCCAUCAUGUCAAGAGUCUGCUGGGUCUGACCUGGCUCCUGGGUCUGCUGGUGGCCCUGCUGCCCAUCCUGUUUCAGCGGUCGUACCAGGUUCAGCGUUCACGAAGCUGGUGCUUCUUCCGCCUGCAGGGGCCGCGUGACUGGGUGGAUGUCCUUCUGUCGAUAUUGUUCUCUGUGCUGGGUUUGCUGGCUCUCCUCCUCUCACUAGUGUGCAAUACUAUGACUUUCCUUGCUCUCCUGCGAAGUAGGGUACAACUUGACCGUGAUUAUAAUCGGCAUUGUCGUAACACAUCACACCAUUCUGAGAUGGUCUGCCAGCUUUUGGCAAUCAUGCUGGUUUCCUGUGUGUGCUGGGGGCCAAUUUUGAUAACAGGCAUCGUCUUCAGCAUACAGGAUCACGGUGAAGAUCAGGCGUCUUACACUCAUAUGCUGCUAGUUGUACGCAUGGCGACAUGGAACCAGAUCCUCGAUCCAUGGGUGUACAUCCUCCUGCGCAAAGCUGUUUUGAGGAGACUUUUUCUUGUGGCUUUGAGACUUUGCAGUUCUCACUUUAAAUUUAAACUCCAGUGGCAGGGCAGCACUCUGGAGAGCUCCACCAUAGAGGCCAGGAGCUCAGUGAUCAGCAAACCCGACAUCAUCUGCCUGGAUGGACCUUUUCUACCAGACACUCUCAUCCAAUCAGCUCACCUCCCCUGAGCCGAAAUGGGGUAUAUGAGACCUUGA